AUGUCUAAACCGGCCUCUAUUCCCACACUUCUCGAUUCCUUCACCGAGACAUGGUCCCCACGACUUGUCGCCACAAUAAAUGACCACCACGUCAAAGUCGCCAAAAUCGACGGUGCAUUCAUCUGGCACGCCCACCCAAACUCAGACGAAAUCUUCUAUCUCCUGAGCGGCAAGUUGCGGAUGGAGAUUGAGGGCCAAGACGAUGUUGUGAUGGAAGUUGGAGACAUGUAUACGGUCCUUAAAGGGAUAAGACACCGACCUGUCGCGGAAAAUGCGUCCAUCAUGAUGAUCGAACACGAAACAACAGUCAACACUGGAGAUCAACCUGAUUCAGAAAGGACAAAGGAGGUGAAGGAUGUUCGGGGAUAG